GUAUACUCUAGAAACUCAGUAAGAUUGUGCUCCGUUCUCUCCGCAUAACCCCUUCAACUUCUCUACAAACUCAAGCUCCAUCAAAAUCGCAGCCAUCAAGACAAACUCAAGCCCCAUAAAAAAACGCAGCCAUCAAGAAAACUCAAGAAAGUGCAUGUAUGUAGGUCACAAAAUACACGGAAGAGGUGAAAACGACAAGCUUUUAAGAUCGAGGCUUGUGGGCUCAUAUUUGUAUAAAGAUCUUAUCAUUGGUGUUACAAGUCCUGAAAAUAACUGUAACUUAUGUCUAUAUUGUCACAAGACCAUCAAAACAUGUCACGCCGAUGUACCUAUAUUAACAACGUUACUCCUCAAACAAAAAAUUGGACUGUCAAAGUACGAGUUAUAGAAAAGUCGUAUGAACGACCAUCUUUCAAUGCUACCCAUAAAUACCAAAGGUUAAUCCUCAUUGAUGGGCAGGAAACACAUGUUCAAGCAACUAUUUUUGGUCGCGACAUUGCUUCAUUUGAAAGAACACUAGAUGUCCUUGGCCAGUACUACAUUUCAAACGCAGUAGUUAAACCCAUUGCUGAAAAACAUCGCAUUGUGAACCACAAAUAUCAGUGGAUAAUCAGCACAAAAACUCCUGUAAGCGAGGUUCCAGACAACGAAACAGAGGAUAAAAACAUCCCAGCUCCUUUUAACCUCGUGCCACUCAACGAGCUUGAAAAAAUAAGGAUUCCACAUUCCAAGUUGAUGUUUUAGCAGCAGCGAUUGUUGUAUUUCAUGUCAAAACGCUUCACUCUGGAACAACAUUCCAAGAAAUGCUUAUAAUUGAUCAAGAAUUGAAGCCAAUAAUGCUGACAUUAUGGGAUGAUUUCGCCUCUAAAGAAGGACAAAAGAUCGCUCAGAUGAUCCAAACAAAACCAAUCAUCAUAGGGAUGCGUUUGAAAGUCGUUUCUUAUCAUGGCACAUCUUUAGCGACAAGAUCUUCAAGCACUUUUCUUAUAAACAUCAGCACUCCAGAAAGUGAAGCUCUACAAGAGUGGUUACUACAAAAUGAAGACAAAAUACAAGUUCUGAUUAACAAGAAUUCUGAAGCUCCUCUUGCACCAUCAAUGAAAGAACCUACUGCAGAUGACAUCAUACCAGUCAAUUCACUUAUAACCGCUGCAAAGAAUACAUCAUCAUUUUGGAUUAAAGCACAUGCUACAGUAACAGAUUUCAACCAAAAGUUCUGGUACACUGGUUGCAACACAUGUUGGAGGGAAAUACAUGCGGACCACGGCCAGACAUUUAACUGCAGAAACUGCUCGGGACAAGAGCGUAUUGUAGAAGCAAGCAACUAUCUUUGGAAAGAUUGCAGAAGAAAUUUUUGCACUGGACCCUCAAAAGCUCAUGCAAUUUAGUGAUAAGAAUGAUAAGAUUGAUACAGCUGCUCUGGGAAUAUGCUCAUCCACUAAAAAAUACUAC